AAUUAUGGCGACCUUCAUUGGUAAACAUUGAUGCGACCUUCACCUUUGCAUAAAGUUUGUUCUUAGGUCAUGUAAGAAGGUAAAACAUUAGAUAACAUUCUGAAUUCGCCAAGGAUGUUGAAGGCAGCCGGGUUAAGGGUCCUUAAUCAGCCGGUCAAGGUGGUUGCAGCAAUCUGCAGUCGAGGUAUCCACAGAGAACCCAUAGAUGAGAAAUGGAAGGCUGCAGCGGCCAAAGAACUGAAGGGACAAGAUGUGUCUGAAACCCUCACCUGGAAAACACCUGAGGGUAUUAAUGUAAAGCCAGUGUAUACUGUGGUAGACACUAAGAACAAGCAGCGUGAGGUCCCGGGAGAAUUCCCUUUCACAAGAGGUCCCUAUGCUACCAUGUAUACCCACAGGGCUUGGACCAUAAGACAGUAUGCGGGGUUCAGUACUGUAGAGGAAAGCAACAAGUUCUACCGGGCCAAUAUCAAGGCAGGGCAGCAGGGUCUCAGUGUGGCGUUUGAUCUGCCCACUCACAGGGGGUAUGAUUCUGACAAUCCGCGUGUCCAUGGUGAUGUGGGAAUGGCGGGUGUGGCCAUCGACUCGGCAGACGACAUGAAACUUCUCUUUGACGGGAUCCCACUGAACAAGAUAUCGACGUCAAUGACGAUGAAUGGUGCAGUGUUGCCUGUUCUUGCCAUGUACAUUGUAGCCGCUGAGGAACAGGGCGUGAAGCAAGCAGAACUCGCAGGGACAAUCCAGAAUGACAUCUUAAAGGAGUUCAUGGUACGCAACACCUACAUUUUCCCCCCAGAGCCGUCCAUGAAGAUUAUUGGGGACAUCUUUGAGUACACCUCUAAGAACAUGCCCAAGUUCAACUCGAUAUCUAUAUCUGGCUAUCACAUGCAAGAGGCUGGUGCUGACGCUGUCUUGGAGUUGGCCUUCACCAUUGCCGAUGGUCUGCAGUACAUCCGAACAGGCAUUGAAAGGGGUCUGAAUGUAGACAAUUUUGCGCCACGUCUGUCAUUCUUCUGGGGCAUUGGAAUGAACUUGUAUAUGGAAAUAGCAAAGAUGCGUGCUGCGCGCAGGCUGUGGGCCCACCUGGUGAAGGAGAAAUUCAGCCCCAAGAGCUCGAAGUCCCUGCUACUACGUGCACAUUCACAGACCUCAGGCUGGUCACUUACUGAACAGGACCCUUACAACAACAUCAUUCGCACGGUUGUCGAGGCGAUGGGUGCAGUGUUCGGAGGCACGCAGUCCUUGCACACAAAUUCGUUUGACGAGGCCCUGGGCCUGCCAACUCCAUUCAGUGCCAGGAUUGCUAGAAACACGCAGAUCAUCCUGCAGGAAGAGUCGGGAAUCACCAAGGUGGCAGAUCCCUGGGGAGGGUCUUACAUGAUGGAAAGCCUCACUGACGAGAUUUAUGAGGCCGCCCUGAAAGUUAUCAACGAGGUAGAGGCUAUGGGAGGCAUGGCGAAGGCAGUGGCAUCUGGCAUGCCAAAGCUGAGGAUAGAAGAGUGUGCAGCAAAACGUCAGGCACGGAUUGACAGUGGAUCAGAGGUGAUUGUUGGGGUAAACAGAUACAAGCUGGAGAAACCAGAGAGGGUUGACGUCCUGUGCAUCGAUAAUAACGAGGUGCGAGAGAAACAGAUUGCUCGCUUGAAGAAAACCAGGGCAAAAAGAGACGAGGCUAAGGCCCAAGAAUCUCUUGCCAACAUCACGAAGGCUUGCGAGUCCAACGAAGGGAACCUGCUAGCCCUGACGAUUACGGCUUCACGACUGCGCUGCACUGUUGGAGAGAUUACUGACGCCAUGGAGAAGGUGUAUGGUCGCCAUGUGGCGAGCAACCGGUUAGUUAGUGGAGCCUACAAGACAGAGUAUGGGCAGGAGAAAGAGAUUGAUGCAAUCAUCAAGAGAGUGGAGAAAUUCCAAGAAAACGAGGGUCGUCGACCACGUAUCCUGGUUGCCAAGGUGGGACAAGAUGGCCACGAUAGGGGUGGCAAGAUUAUCGCAACUGGAUUCGCUGACAUGGGAUUUGAUGUGGAUAUCGGCCCACUCUUUGCUACUCCCCGAGAGGCGGCCCAGCAGGCUAUCGAUGCAGACGUUCACGUGGUUGGAGUGAGCUCCCUUGCCGCCGGACACAAGACACUUAUUCCCGAGAUGGUUAAGGCUCUCAAAGACCUUGGACGCCCUGACAUCUUGAUGGUGGCAGGAGGAGUUAUUCCCCCUCAGGACUAUGAAAUGCUGUACAAGGCUGGAGUGUCUGCCAUAUUUGGACCAGGUACGAGGAUACCAGACGCUGCAAACCAUGUGAUGGAUCUCCUGGAGGGGAAAGGCCCUCAGAAGAACAAGGCCACUGCUUAGCUCACAUACCAACCAAUAUAGGACCUGCCAGCAUGCAGGGUGUCGUGUGAAUGUAGAAAGGAAUGAUUAUACUUCAUGUCACAGACAGCUUCCUUAAAUGGACACAAACAUCUUUACUGGGUUUUUGGUUGGAAUUAGUAGAAAUAAAUUACCUCCUUUGGAUUAUAUGGGUCUGUGUAAUAUGUAACAAAGAAGCACAUAGUCCUGGGGGUUUCAAAAUGCAAUUGUUGGACAUUUUUCGAUUGCUGCAGUAGUAACGGCCAACUUUGUAUCUAUAUGUUUAUGUAUAUAGUACUAAGACAGGGAAAUAUAUACCAAAAUAUACGUACAAGUUCCCUGUUCUUUGAAGAUAACUUAACUGUCAUUGCCCAUUUGAUGGGAGUGUCAUGAAAAACAUGUUGCCCAUUCGAUGGGAGUGUCAUAUAAAACAUGUGCAUGGUAUCAAAGUGUGAUAUGAAGUUGUUUUUAAUAAGAAAACUGUUGAAAACAACGAAAAUCCAAACACUUAAAUAAUUAACUAACAAAUCAAUGCAGGUGAUCCAAUCAGAAAGACUUAUAGAAACCUAUUAUUAUAACAGAAGUUUAUUAUUUAAAUUCGACUUACAUCAGAGAAACCAUUAAUAAAAAAGUGUUCUGAGUUGUGAAAAUGCAUAUUCUGUCAAUGAAACUAAGAAAAUGUGUUAAUUUUGAUAUUAUUUUUUAUAUUCAUUAUCAAGUUGCAUGUUAAUUUUUGACUGUGUUGUUAUGAAAUGUCUCUAAAAUUUAUUAUUGUAAUUUGUUGUAUUUGAUAUCCCACAGUAAUAUGAAAUAGUGAAUAAAUGAAAGCCUUACUGAUACAA